AAUAGUGUUGUAUCAUAAAAUUAAAAGCUCAACAGCAGCUUGGUUGAAAUCUGUUUUACUUCUUUCCUUUUCUAGUUGUUUGAGGUAUAUUAUAAUUCUCAAUAUUAAUUUUUAAACAGUGUGAUCAUUCUAAAUUUUAAAUGAACAGAUAAAUUAAAUAAACUAUUAUUAAUAACAAUAACAUCUUCACUUCUUUUUACUUCUGGUUUCGUGUUUACAAUUCAGUGGAAUACAACAAAUUCUUCCUACCAUCAGUAACCACCAUCUCUUUUACUUCCAUCAUUAUACACUUAUAAUUGCUUAUUGAAGCAAUUAUCUUACCUUCUGAGUCUUCAUUCAUUAACAACAAGCAACAACGGUGUUUCUUUACCAUUGGAUUACAAUUUUUACACCGGAUUGAUUGUUCUCUGUGUUGGUUAUUAAUUGUGCAACAUAUCAUUAUAACCAUAUCAUUUUAAAAUAGGCAACUUAUAUAAUGUCUCACUCCUUUCAUCAUAGUAAAUUAGAUCAAUUUAAAGGAAUUAAAAAAAGCAUGGGUGAUAGUGAUGAUAAACUGUCCAAAGAGUCACAGGAUAAACCAAACUGGACUGAUUCUGGUGUUUGUGUUGAUAGUGGUUUAUGUAUUGAUAUUCAUAGUUUACCAUCAACCUAUGAUGUAGAUAACCCAUUCAAACAGGAUGCCGAUGGAGAUACCAUGUUGCAUCUUGCAGUCAUUCAGGGUAUGACUGAUUUCGUUAAAUAUUUAAUCAAAGAAGCUCCAUCAUCAGAAUACUUAGACAUUAUCAAUGAUGAAUAUCAGACACCUCUUCAUUUGGCUACAAUCACCAAACAAUAUGGAAUAAUCAGCCAUUUAGUUGCCUCAGGUGCCUCAUUAUUCAUUCGCGAUCGCAAUGGUAACUCGCCCGUGCACAUAGCCUGUCAAAAUGGAGACAUGAUGGCACUAAAAUCAAUAUUAUCACCUAGAAAUACUAAUGACACAAAUUCGUCAUCAUCGUCAUCUUCAUCACCAUUCUCACAAUCCUCUAUAGAAUCUUCAUUAAAUUCAAGAAAUUAUGAAGGCGAAACUUGUUUACAUUUAGCAGUCAAAACUGGUGACAAAUCUCUUAUUGAAUACCUUGUUAACUGGGGCGCUGAUAUCAAUGCUCAGGAAGGCAAAAGUGGUAAAACUGUAUUACAUUAUGCGAUAUUAGCCCAAAAAUUAGAUUUAGUUCAAUUUUUAAUUUACACAUGUAAAUGUUCACCUGCCGUCCGAACUUAUGGAGGCUUAACGCCAAUGCACCUUCUUAGAGGAUUAUUAGAAGUUAACCCAAACAGUGGUAAAUUAAGAGCAAUUCAUCAAAUGCUGACAGAAUGUGGUUGUGAAUGCGAGCCCUACUCAACGGCACAAGAUUACGAUUCCGAUUUUGAUUACUAUUCGGGACAAGAGUCGGAUGACGAUGUUUUAUUAUGAUUCAGCGUAAACAAGAAGGAAACAAUGGAAAGAGGAGAGCAAACAAGCAAAACACAAAUUGGAAAAUUAUGAUUAUCGGAUUAAUUUAUCUUGACCAAACAAUCAUUUUUAUAUCCUUCAACAAUCUCAAUGGAUUGCUUGUCAACACCACCACCACCAUCAUCAUCAUCGUCCAAAUUAUCAUCUUUUAUUCAUUCUCAACAUCAUCUCCACCUCAACCACCUCUCCAUUUGUCUUUAUCUCUUUUUUUCAAAAUUUAUCUCACUCUAGUUGAAACACCACCACAACCACCAUCAACUUCACCACCUCCUUCAUCCAUCACUCUCCUAUUUUAUGGAAAUGUUCAAUAUUCUCAAAAAACGAAAAAUUUCCAUUGUUUUUUUUCUAAAAAAACCUUUCAUGUCUACUAUAUUAUUCUUACCCUUUGCUAUAAGCAAAUGUUGAUAUCAAACAAAACAGAAAAGCUAUUUUUAUCUAAAAAA